AUGGCGGUUUCUGUCGAAAUAAGCGACGCAGUGUUCUGCCAAGAACACAUUGCAGAAGUUUGCGAAGAGUGCGACGCAGACUUUCGCGAGGAAAAUGAUGCAUUCUAUGGGUUUGACCCGAUAGAUCGCGAUGCCCUUCCAUCUCCAUCAGCUUCCGCGAAUGAUGACGGCGUCUAUUUAUGCGAUACACACAAGAACAGCAUCUGUAAUCAGUGCUUCAGUUGGAAAAAGCAGCUCGUGAGACUUCAUAAAGAAGCAAAGAAGCGUGGAUCUUAG